AUGACGGCGUUGUAUAUUCAGUCAAAGGAACAGGCUCUUCCGGGACCCGAAAGAAAAAUCUUUCUAAUCAAUACAUACCCGGCAACGGAUGCCAUAUUGGAAAGUCUGACUGACUGGCCGUCUUAUGGGACGAGGGCGUAUCAACAUUUUCAAAACAUAGAAGCCUUCAAGUCUUUCCUGUUCGAAUAUCGUAUGACACUAGAUGUUAACAACCCCACAAUACAUGAGGUGAUCUAUUUCUACACGGACGCAAUUCACAUACUCAGCGACUGGUUGUACGAAGCAGUUGGUAAAUUCAGCGGUCAAUGGUUAUGGGAGACAUUGGUCGCUUACCAGCUCCUGGUUGUUGGCAUGGAACAAAUCGGAAUUGAGAGAACAUUGGGGGCAGUGUUUUAUACUCAGGGAGGAUUUCAUCGACGACAGGACUAUCUCUGGUGUAUAGAAAAAUGUCAGGUGGGGGAGCGGAACAUUUGGGCGUCACAGAAGUACUCCCCUUUAGUUGGUGAAAAUUUAGAAUACAAGGUACAACAAUUAGAAUACGAUUUUCGAAGCACGAUUGGGCAAUUGAGAAGGCCAAUUCAGCUGAACCAAUCGAGAGAACCAUCGUGGCAGGAGGGUAACUGGUGGUUUAAUAAUAUGACAAUUUACAUCGACACUUUAAAGGACAGCCAGCGUCGUAUGACCGAAAUAAUAGUCUAUAAACUGGAAGAACUGAUAAACCAAGACAAUUCAAAACUUGGUGUUCGCAUCGGUAUCAUGGCCGUGGUCUUGAUAAUGUGCGGCGUUAUCAUCAAAGCGGUGGAAUAUUCAAAACUAUGCUCUAACUUUAGCCAAACAAACCAAGGCGCUGAACAAAGAACGAAAACGUGUCGAUUCUAUUCUUUACUCCUUGAUGCCAAAGACUAUUGCUCGGCAGUUGAUGGAGAACAAAAAUGUCACUGCCGAAUCUUUCUCAGAAGCGACCAUUUUUUCUCGGAUAUUGUCGAUUUCACUCGUAUUUGUUCGGAUAGUUCUCCGAUGCAGGUUGUAGAACUGCUGAAUCAUGUGUAUACAACCUUUGACCGACGAAUUGAUCUCUAUGACGUGUACAAAGUAGAAACUAUUGGCGAUGCGUAUAUGGUUGUGUCAGGAAUUCCUAAACCUAAUGGUAACCGGCAUGCAAGUGAGAUAGCUAUUAUGGCAUUGGAUAUGGUGACCUUCGGAGAAAGUUUGGUAAUUCCCCACAAGCCAGGAACGAAGAUGACUUUACGCAUUGGAAUCCAUACUGGACCAGUUGCAGCUGGGAUCGUCGCAAAUCGUAUUCAGUUGAGUGAGCAUACCUUCGAUAUUUUGAAAGACAUCGAGUUUUUGGUUAUAAAACAGAGAGGAGACAUUGUUAUUAAGGGCAAAGUCAGAAUGUCCACCUAUUGGUUACUGGAGCGGCGUGGUAAAGGUUUCACAAAAGACGUUCAAGAACAGCUGAAUUUGAAUAUACCAGAGAUUUGA